AUGGACUACUUAGUGAAUAUCAACUGGAACAAAAUCACGCCAUGCCUUGUCUUAUUAGUGUUAGAAGUAAUGUUAGAAUUUUCAGAGUGUGCAACGCCGGUGGAGGUGAAUAAGCACUUGGACCUGGGCCGAGACUUCCUGGCGAGGGGGCAGCUCUCAGAUGCCCUCACACACUAUCAUGCAGCCGUUGAGGGAGACCCACACAACUACCUCACAUACUUCAAGAGAGGGACAGUGUACUAUGCACUUGGUAAAGCCAAGUUUGCACUGCAAGACUUCACAAAGGUGUUGGAGAUGAAGUCAGACUUUACUUCUGCUCGGUUGCAGCGAGCCAAUGUUUACUUGAAGUUAGCACAAUAUUCUGAUGCGAAAGAGGACUAUCUACAAGUGACGUACGCGGACCCGUACAACGAGGAGGCGCUGAGCCAGUACCACCGGAUCGACGAGCUGGUGGAGGAGCUGCGGCUGGUGGAGGCGUACUACCGCGGGGGCGAGUUCCGCGCCGCCGCGGAGCUGGCCACGCGCCUCCUCGACGUGUCGCCCUGGUCCGCGCACCUGCGCCAGCUCAGGGCCGAGUGCUACAUCGCGCUGAAUGAUUUAUUUAGUGCCGUAUCGGACAUCAGAUCGGUGAACCGACUACAGCAAGACUCCACAGACGGGUACUACCGACUCGCCACGUUACUGUACCGGCUCGGACAUGUCAGUGAUUCACUUAAGGAAAUUCGCGAGUGUUUGAAACUAGACCCGGAACACAAGAAGUGCUUCCCGUUCUACAAGAAGGUGAAGAAGAUCGACAAGCUGCUGCUGGAGUGCGAGGAGCAGAGCUCGGCGCGGCAGUUCGGCGCGUGCGUGGACUCCGCCGCCAAGGUGCUGCGGGCCGAGGACGAGGUCACGCUCGUCGUCUUCGAGGCCAAGAAGUGGAUGUGUUCCUGUCUCACUAAGGACGAGCAGUUCGCGGAGGCGCUGACGGCGUGCGGCGGCGCCCUGGAGCUGCAGCGCGACGCGCGCCUGCUGUGUGAGCGCGCCGACGCGCUGCUCGGCCUCGACAUGUACGACGACGGUGAGCGACACACACGCAUACCUAACACCCACGUACACACGCGGCGCCCUGGAGCUGCAGCGCGACGCGCGCCUGCUGUGUGA